AGGUGGCUCAGGAGUGGAAUCCGACUAGAUCGUGAAGUCGUGAUCCCAGAUCGAAGAAAGGAUGGGGCCGAACUCCGGUCAGGUACUAUGGCUCAUCUUAAUGAGGAAGAGCUUUUCGGUCCCCCGUCGAGGAUGAGGACAUGUUCGAUGAAAAUGUUGAGCAGCUGCGCCAGGAGGUGGAAGAAUUGGGACAGCAAAGAAAGGCGAUGGCCCUCGUGGAAGGAGAUUCGAGCCACGGCACAGCUCAAGAGGCGUGCCUCAAGGACCUGGACGCCAUCGCACCAGCCGUGCUUCGAGAGUAUGCCGGGAGAAGACUGCGGGACAUGUCAAGGAAUGGCACGAUCGUCGGCCACAGCAUUGGAGACCAGUAUGUGUGACGAGGCAUACGAAAAAGUGAAAGAGGUAGCCCUGAGAUUAGAAAGAAGCCUAAAGACAGCCGAAGAGUGCAGACUACUGAAUAAAGGCAAGACUGAGAUUAGGUACAGGCACCGUGCCCUUGAACGAAGAAGAGAAGCAGUUGGCGGAAACAGCCUAGACAGCUGCUCAAACGGCUCGGAAAGGGUAGCGAAACCCUUGACAGAAGGCGAAGGACAGUCGAGAAGCAUCAACGGUCACAAGAAAAACCGAGGGCGAGAUUUUCCAAGGUGCUAUAACUGCGGUAACAUGGGACAUUUGGCUAAAGAUUGCCGUAGUGGAUCUGACCCACAGCAGAGGACCCCAUCAAGGGUAAAUGCGCAGCGGAGACCAGAUGUAGCCUACGCUUCGCUGGUAGAAAAGUGGGUAUGCACAUCGUAA